AGUACUGGGCACGUAGCUUAAAUUUCUUGAAUGAUAAAAAGUAAGGUUACAAUCUUAUGGAAGUUAAUACAUUAAGUUAUUACAUUUUCGUAUUAUUAUUCGUAUUUUUCAUCUCAUGACUCAGGACCUUACGUUUCGUCUGAUUAAUUUAAAUUCCUUUCUUUCAGUUAUUUUAUCAAAUUGAUAUUCAAGGCUGAAAAAAAACAGUUUUAUGUUUCAAUAAUCUCAAGGUUUCAAUAUGAGUGAAUUCAAUAUAAAACAGCAGAAUCGUGACCGAUUCAAAGCGAGUAAAGGGAAAAAGCAGGCUGCAAAAUUCAAACAUUCUGAGAAAUUAGCUAGAAAUGUUUUUGAUAGACAAUCGAAUGCCUCAGAAUCUAGUGAGAGUGUUGAAAUGUCGAUCGAGAAGAAAAGGUAUAUAAAAUUUUGUGAAAGCAUAAGAAACUAUAAUAAAACUCAUGGUUCAAAUCCAAGCUCUUCAAUUGAAAGUCAAAAUAAAUCUAGAAGGGAGAGACGAAAAAAUCGCGAGCAAAAGUCAAAUCAAGAUAAUGCCGAUAGUAACGAAAGUGACAAUGUGGCAAACAGGGAACUGGAUGAUCCUUCGCCUUGCUCAAGCCAGAACAGUCAGCAGACUACUUUCACCACAGCUGGUCUCAGUCAAAGCGAUAUGAAAACAGUACAAGGAUUCUUUUCACAACCUUCAACUUCCAAAUCUAUUGAUUCCGAUUUGUCUAAUAAGUACGACUGUUCAAAAGAUAAGAGUUCGAAACAAUCAUGGAGAUCAGAGUGUAGGCCUAUCCAGCCAGAAAACAGGAAUGGAUCCAAAGAUUCCAUGAGUCAACAGACUUUUCAGCCUUUUCGUCAAGAUAGAUCUAAAGUAGACUUCUCAAAUGAUGAAUUCGGAGAUUCUAAAAAGUACAGAAAACGAGCUAUCAAGAGCCACUCGGACAGGAAUUAUGAUUUGCCAACUUAUGAAGAUAAACUGGAAGGAGAUGACUUUGAUGAUUUGAGUGAAACUACGUUCUCAGUUUCGUCACAUUUUUUGAUGAAGGAGCAAAAAGAAUGGCUGGAGCAAAGUGAGUCUUGCACGAAUCCAUUUGCUUUGAACCUGAAGUGUCUGGCAGCCGCUCUGCACACUAUUCCCUUCCAUUUGAGACAGUCGCUGCCACCAAAUACAUUGACGUCGGACGAAGUAACGCGUAUGAUCAGUGAAGCCGAUUCAAAGAUACAAAUCUACAGAGAUGUUUGUCAGGAAGCUGAAGAAGAGAGAAAAAUUGGUGUUUUUAGGGAAGGUGAUGACAAUGUACUCAAAGAAGACUUCAUCAGGGAUUUUCUGACAUGUAGCGACUCGUUUAGUGCCGAUAAACAAGUAGCUGAGAACAGUCCCAAAAUCGAUGCUCCAGCAAGUGGCUAUACAUUGAAUUUUGAAUUAGAUGAGGAUUUAUUAGAAUCGCCCUUUUCAACUUUCACAACAGUCUCUCAAGAUGAAAGUAAGAGUAAAAAGAAGAAUAGAAAGUCUAAACAUUCAAAGAAAUCCAGUAAUCAAGAUAAAGUAAUGACCGGAAAUUCUUUGAAAGAUGAACGGGGAGAAGAUGUUCCUAAGUGGAGGAAGAUGUUGGAAAUGAACAGUGAUGUCAAUUAUCUGCUCAACUCUUCUUCGGAAGAUGAAUUCACCAAACAACCAGAACUUAAUUCAAAACUGAAAAGUAAUGCAUCUAGUUCUCCCUCUACUAAAGUCACGAGUAGUGGCUCUGGAAAAAUGUCAAAGAAACAAAAUAAUGAUAAAUUAAAUAGCUCUUCAAAAAAAGUCAAAGGAAAUAAGAAAUUGAAUUGCACUCUCACAAAAUUAAAUGAAAAUCAAUCAAAGCUUGAUUCAUCGAUCGCUUCUUCUCCUUCAUCUGCUCCAAAAACUACUGAUGGGAAAUUUGCUGAAGGAGUUUUAAGCAGUCAAGAUGCUGUAAGUGACUUAUCUAAAUCGCCAUCGGAGAGAAAAACACGUGUCAGGGGUACUUCGGCAUUCAAUAUCACGGAGUCUCUGAGCGGAUUGCUGGCGGAAAAGUCGGCACCAAUUCCCUGCAAUAAUACGAUCAAGCAACCAUCUUCAAGUGAAUCCAGUGGCAACUACCAAUCACCAAGUUCCACCAAAUUGGACGCUCUUGAAUCCGAUUUCAAAAGAUUGAAUUUUGGUAGUCCUAACAAUUUCAAGUUUGAUUUUAAAAUGAGUGGUUCAACAUCUCCUUCAAAACCUGGGAAUUCUGUGGAAACGAAAACGUUUUCAACCUCACCAUUCAAACAAACAAGUGCUGAUACUAGAACAAUAACAACUUCUCCAUUUCGCUUCCCAUCAAAACCAAAUGAUACGUUCAAAACUCAACCUUUCACACCUUCACCACCAGCAACGAAAAAUAAAUCACCACUUCAGACGUCACCUUUCACUUGUAAAUUUGAUUUUAGAGAAGAAGAUGAGCCGAAAGUAGAAAAACGCAAUGAAUCACCUAAAAACGCUCAUCAAGUAGAAGAGAUCAGUAGCUCUAUACCAUCUUUAGUUAUAACUCCAACUAAUAAAACAGCUACGCCUGCCAUAGAUAUAGUGAACAAAAAUCCAAAAUCUAAAGCGGUCUCAGAAGAAGGAGCAUCCAGUGUUGCCAGUGAAUCUUCCGCCACUAGUAUAAGCAAGCCAAUCAUUGGUGAUGAUGAUGAUGAUAACGACAUUGACAUUUUGCUAGGCAUCACCAAGCAAACGCCGCAGAACAAGGAUAGCUCUACUAUUAAACAAGCUGCAAAUGUAAAAUUGCAGAGCGAGCGCAAAGGCAAUCCACAAGAUACGACUGCUACUAGUAGGACAAGUACGAGUAUGUUGGACGAAAACUUGGAUGAUUGGCUAGACUCUGUCCUGCAAAGUUGAGCUCUUAACUAAAAUAGAUUGACAAACAAAAUUGAUACUACCUUAAAACUAGAAAAUAGAUAAACAAAUAUCUGUGAUAUUUGCUCUGGUCUUUCGGUUGAUAUUGGGGACUUUCUAUGGAAGUUAUAAAUAGAAUAGUUCUCAUACAAUGUUGUAGCAGUCACUUCCUACAGUCCAUUCUCUACAUGCUGCCAAUUCAAGUGAGUCUUACCAUACAAUGACAGUACAGUAAUAGGCCUACUCAUGUACAUUGUAUAAAAACUCCAAAAAAUGCAUUCAUUCCACCAAAAUAACAUCAGAAAAGAAUAAGAGAUUUUACAAUAUUUUGAUAAGUAUUGUUAUUUACAAUAGCCUAAUAAAAUAUUUAUAUUAUUUAUAACGAAACAAAACAAUGAUAAAUUAUUUAAUGAGGGAUUUGUUAUUCAUACUAACAUAAAAGAACUAUUUCAUAGUUCUCUAUAGAUGAAAUGAAAUAGUUUCUCCACGCUACUCCAGUUCAACUGGAAUUAUGAAUGAAAAGUUUACGAAGACUUUUGAUAAAUUAUUUAUUUAUUUGAAAAAUCAUACAUACAGGAUGAUAAUUUAUUUAUUAAUUAAAAAAAGUCACACAUACAGGUUUGGAAACAAGAGGCUUUGACUGCCCAAAACUGUUACCCAUUCAGAAAUACAGAGUUCAAUAUAGAAAAACUAAAAUUACAAUACAUGAUAAGAAUGAAAUAAUACGGUUGAACAGAGUAUGAUGAUUUGAUGAUUUUUAUUCUGAUUUUGCUUUUGCUCAAAGAUACAAAUUCAACGCAGUCGUAUAAUUAUCCAUCAUUAACUUUGAGACAUCAGUUCAGCUGGAAUUUUGAGUGAAUAGAAAUAAUUUUUAGAAAUUUUAAUUUAGUGAAGCUGUCAUUCAAAUAUUGCAAUCCAUAGCCCUCCUGACUCAUUAAAUAAAACUUUUGUUAUUGAAUUAGGAGAUAAUUCAUAAAAAUGUACAUCAAUUAAUUUAUUAAAUUUUGAUUGAAAAGAAAA